GAAAUGAUUAUUAGUCGAUGCUGGUUAGAACAGCUUCUUAAAUGUACUUUUGAACGUGCCUGGUUUGAUAAAAUUAUUUUUAAUCCACAAAUGCUUAAUUUAUUAUUUGACAACAGCAAAAUUCCAAUUAAAUUUAACAUUGAAAGACCUUCUUUAUCGCCUAACAAUAAUUCGUUUGAAAAUUUUUUGCAAUUUUCUUUAAAUUAUUUGACAAUUUCUGACUAUCUUUGUAUUGAUUUUGAGGAAAUUGACAAUUUAGAGCAACAUUUAGAUAUUCUUUUCAAUGUUUUAAUAAGCGAAGGAAAUAAAUUAUCUAAAGUUUGUUUAAGAAAUUUUACAUUGACAAGGCUUCAUGAACUUAUUACAAAAUAUAUAGCAACAUCAAAGAACUGUUCGGAAAUGGUGUCUACUAUUUUUUUAGAUUGUCCUUUAUUCACAAAUUUUAAAUUGGACGAGAGAGCAGAAGAUGUUAAGAUCGAGAUAUCUGAUAAAAUAAAACAUACGACAUACCGAAUUUCCAAUAUACACAAUCCAAAAGUGAAAUUUUUGUUUUACAAUGUAGAAAUAGAAGAUGGAUCUAUUUUUAACAUUUAUAUUUUUAGAACGGAUUUGUUGACUGAACAAAAAUAG